AAACGCGUCAGACCACCAGGAAGGUGUGUAGUAGUUCUGAGGAGGAGAAACACCAAGGAGGACAACAAGGAGAGGAAACGCAAACAAACCCGGAGAAAGAAACAGAACGACUUUCUGUCGAUGGAGGGAGAGCCGAGCGAAGAGUGGAUCCCACCGCAGUGGAUCCUGGACACCAUCCCCCGACGAUCUCCCUUCGUCCCACAGAUGGGAGAUGAGGUGAUCUACUUCAGACAAGGCCACGAGGCGUACGUCCGAGCCGUGAGGAAAGCCAAAAUCUACAGUGUUAACCUACAGAAGCAGCCGUGGAAUAAGACCGAGCUCAGGGAACAGGAAUUCUUGAAGGUUGUGGGGAUAAAGUACGAGGUGGGACCGCCCACUCUUUGCUGCUUGAAGCUCGCCUUCCUGGACCCGACAUCCGGCAGAAUGAGUGGAGAGUCCUUCUCAGUGAAGUACCACGACAUGCCCGAUGUCAUCGAUUUCCUCAUCCUCUCUCAUUUCUACAAGGAGGCGCAGGAGCGCAACUGGCAGAUCGGGGACCGUUUCCGCAGCAUCAUUGAUGACGCCUGGUGGUUCGGGAUGGUGGAGAGUCAGCAGCCAUUUCAGAUGGACUAUCCAGACAGCCUCUUCCAGUGCUACAGCGUCCACUGGGAUAACAAUGAGCGGGAGAACAUGAGCCCCUGGGACAUGGAGCCCAUUCCUGAAGGCAUCCCUCUGCCGGAUGAAGUUGGAGCCGGGGUCCCAGUCACAGCGGAGGAGCUGAACGCACUGCAGUAUAAACCUGAAGAGGGAGAGUGGGGGUCGAAAUGUAGAGAUGAG